GGAGGAGGGAGACGGCCUGGCUCGUUCGCCGUUGGCGGCUCGGAACGGCUCGGGCUUGCGAUUCCCCUCGCCCGGCCCGCGCAGAUCUCCUCUCGACUCCGGCGACGCCCAUUCUGCGCUCGGUCCGGAUGUGCAACAGUUUCCCUGAAGUUGCGCCCGGAGCUAGCAGGCGGACGGGCGGGAGGUUCUUGAGCGAAAGGGUGGAAGGACGAGAGCAGCCAGGCGGCUAGGCAGCUCUGCUGCGGCUGCUCCCGUUAGAUUCUCUCUCUGGGCAGGAGCCGAGGAUGUCCUCCUGAAGGCCGGGAGAGAGCGAGGAAGGGUGGGCUGUGCUCCAGUAUGGGCGCCAAACAGACCAAGGGUUGCCCGCUGCCCGGCUCCGCCGGUAGCGGCAGCAGCGGCAGCAGCAGCCCCCAGGGUCCCCUCUCCGCCGGCCGCCGGCGGAUUUUGCCUUCCCGGGAGCGCGGAAACUUCUUGGCUUCCCUCGUAGUACGAUCGAGCGAAAAGUUUGGCAAGGGGUCAGGCGGCGGCGGCCUCCCCCCGUACCAUCGCCGGAUCGUCCUGAUCCAAGAUAUGCUGAGGAUGGUGAAACAAGGCAGGCACGAGGAGGCGACUGAUCUGCUGAAGUACCUGCGCCAGGAUUUGGGAAUGGAAUCAACUUCACUGGAUGAUGUCUUAUAUCGCUAUGCCAGCUUUAGAAACCUUGUUGAUCCAAUCACCCAUGAUCUGAUCAUCAGCCUUGCCAGAUAUAUCCACUGCCCUAAACCAGAGGGGGAUUCACUAGGGACUAUGGAGAAGCUCUGCAGGCAGCUGACAUACCAUCUCAGCCCCCACUCUCAAUGGCGACGCCAGGGCAUGGUGAAGAGGAAGCCGCAGGCUUGUUUGAAAACGAUCUUGGUGGGGAAUCCUCUGGAUAACACAGUGGACUUGUCUGGCAUCCCUUUGACCAUGAAGGAAUUAGACCGGGUUAUCUCGUACCUCCAGCACAGCUCUGAAUAUAUUGAAAAUGUAGAGCUUUGCUUCACUGAGAUGACAGAUGAGAUGUUUCUCCAGCUUUUGCCAGUUCUCAGUGCCCUACCUCGUCUCACAACUCUUUCCCUUAAUGGCAACAGGCUUACAAAAGCCGUCCUCCGGGACCUGACUGAAACUUUGAAGGACACCAGAAACUUCCCUAGCAUGACUUGGAUUGAUCUGGGCAAUAAUGUGGACAUAUUCUCUCUGCCACAGCCCUUUCUGGUUAGCCUUAAGAAACGAAGCCCUACCCAAAGCAAUCUCCCGACUAUUCUUGAAUUUGGUGAAAGUCAGGAAAGUCAGGUGAGUGACCUUGAGAGCCAAGAAGGUCUUUCCUCACAGGAUGAAGACCAAAAUGAUGGUGGCCUGGAAGACACGAAGACCAGGCAGGUAUGGACAGGUGAAGCUAUUGAGGUUAAGCUGAUGCCAAAUGAAUCUACAAAUCAAGAACAGAUUUCUACCGGUUUAUUUCAGACAUGAAAUAGAGUUCUCUCUCAUUUGCCUAGGAUGUGCCAAAUGGAUUCUUUAUAACCACAAAGGAUCUUGGCUAGUUUAUGCUAAUGAAGCUCUCUUCUAAUAAAAACUUUCAAUUCUUUAACUUGCAGGACCAAAAAAGGGGAGGCCAAAUUACAAAAUUGGCUGCAAUUCACAUAUUAAUGAUCUGCUACAAUUUUGAACCAUUAUAUAGAAUUAUACUGGAACGGAUUAUUUAUGUCAAUCCCAACUACUUAUUCAGUGCAGUAUCCAAAUCAAAGCACCCCUUUAAUUCCUGAAACUUUGUAGCUAUCACAGGGGUGAUUGCUAGUUGACUGUUCAGUAGAAGGUAUAAGAAACACAUAAAAAUGCAAUGCCACUAUUGAGCCUUUUUUGCCCCAGGUUAAACACUUCAGUCAAAUACACUAAAUUUUCAUAUUAGGUACAAAUAAUUCUGUACUCAUUAUGGAGGUUUUACUUUCCAAAUGAAUUACUUUGAAUAGAAGUUUUAGGUGGAAAAAUUCCAUGCUUGGAUAGAAACAAAAUUAAUCCCAUGGAUUAAACAGAAACAUGUUAAUCGACUCACCAAAACAAUUUUGAAUGUCUCACUGAAUAAUCACUGCCAAGAAGGUAAUCAUCACUACUUCUGCAUUUCAUCCUCUCCCAAUUUAUUGUCUCCUGUCCCAAAUAAGCCAUGGAUGUGUACCUAUCUCAGGUUAUGCCAUGAAUCUGAUGAAGUUGGCUGAAAUCCAUGAGUUAUAUUUGUAAAGUCUUAAGGUGCUACAAGAUUGCUGGUCUUCAAAUGUAAUUUUUAUAAAUCAAAAGCAGUGCGAGUCAGCAGUGCUGAAAAACUUGCACCUUCUGAAGCCUGUUUCUAGAAUGAAAUAAAAUUUAAAUACAAGAGAAGACAGACACUAUGCGUUGAUAAGAUGACACACAAGAUUACAUUGGUUCAUAAAGCAAACUCGGUAUAAAUGAAAAACUCCCCAUUCUCUUGCUUUAAGGAGUGUGAAUUUGUGGUACUUAAAAACAUGUGCCUUUCUGGUGUGUAUGGGGUGCCUUUUAGGGUUAGCAAGGCCUUGCUUUAGGCACCAGCGGAUGAAAUGUGGGCGAUAGCAACCCCAGGCAUUUGUUGCAAGUUGCUAUAAUUAUACUUUGUGGAAAAAGUGCAGCUGCUUUGAGUUACUCUGGAUUUCAUCACUGUGGCACAGAAGAGACAAUAGAAUCAAUCCAGCUUGAUAAAGUGUUAAUUUUUCCUGAUGUUUAGUACCUGGAUUACACACUUAUGGGAGCUUUAGUCACCAACCCUUUGCAGCACUUGACUGUCAUGAAGUAAAUGCUGGCUUUGUUGCUUUUGAGCUACCCAUGAAGAAACUUGCCCAAAUUAACUACCACGCCAAUCUCUUGUGAGCUUUCAACACUAUUGUUUAUCAAAAGCACUUCAUCCUGCCAAGUUUGAAGAGCAUCCAACAACUGAUACCUUUCAGACUGGGCUUAUUUCAAUUGCUAGGACUAAUCUAUUUUAGGGAGGUGCGGCUCAUCAAUUUUCAGGAUCAGUGUUUUCCCCUAAAAUCCCACUACUGUUGUGCCCAUUUUGAGUACUUGUAUGUUUUCAGUAGUGUCAGUCUGGUACUUCAUAGAAAUCAGCAGCUCCAUAUUGUCCUAGUUUGCAUGUAGCCAGUCUUUUAUAUGCUUUGUCAAGAAAUAAAAUUUGUUUGAAAGAUG